GAUAAUUCCAUCCGCAGCUGGAUUUUUCAUGGUGAUUCUCUAUAUGAUGCACCUUUAUCUUCAAAUUUUCCUGCUUCAGAUGCAUCUAGCAAUUUUUCUAGGGUUUCUGAUCUAUGCUUUGGGCUUGCACUUUCCCCUGGGGAGCUGAUGCUCGCUGUGGUCCGCAGCUUGGAUGCCAAUCUUCAGCACCAAAUGUAUGAGAAGAGGUCUCAGAGAGCAGUUGUUGAGUUUUUUUGGACUGGUGGCCAAUCUUUGGAGGUUCCAAAUGACAAAAUACUUGAUGGUUGCAGAUUUGAAGCCAUUAGUAGUUCGUCUGUGCUAGGGUUUGCCUGUUGGGAAACCAAUAUAUUGUGGUUUUUAAAGAACUUAGAAAAUGUGAAUAAGCCAGUAGUGAUUUGGGACACAAUAACUUCAUUACGAGACCUCAGGAAGGAUUUUCCUGGAGUAGUUGAGAAGAUAUUAACUAAAUGGAUAUCCAGCUGGUUUUCAGGUCCAUUGAUUGAUUCUGUUGAGAAGGUAUUAUUUCAUGAGCAUGAUAAGAUCUCGAUGGUCAGUUCCCGGAAAAUGCAACUGCUUAACAUCAUUUGCAGGAGGGUGAUGCGUAAUGGGAUGGAGAUUGAUUUAUUUAAAGAUGAUCAGCUUAAAGCUGAUGGGUCAAAUAACGAAGGAAGUAAUUCAGAUCCAUGGAAUGAGUUGCUUCUCAAAAGUGAAAGAGAGCUACAAGAGCGUCUUGUUGCUUUUUCUUUCCAAGCUGUCCUAAACCAUACAGCUGAUUCUGAGGUGACUCCUGUAGAGAGUGAAUAUUGGUCUCCUGUUGGAGUAGCACAGUUGGAACAGUGGACUGCCAUCAACGAUCAAACGAUUCAUAGUCAGCUUAAGCUUCUUGGAUCAGAAGUUGCUAAACUCAGGGGCAGGAAUAAUAAUGGCAUAUACGAAUACGUUGAGGAUGAGAGCUGCAGUUUUUGUUCAGCUCCAGUACUCUUUAAGUCUCCAGAAGUAGCAUGGUGUCAAGGUAUUGUGAAUCGGCAGGGUUCCAAGGAAAGACAUAAGCUAACAAGAUGUGUAGUGUCCAUGAGACUUUGCUCAGUGACAGAGCCACUUUGGUUCUGCAUGUGCUGCAAGAGAUGGGCUGCUAACCUUCUUCCUUACUCAUUCUUCACAAUGGAAAAUUCUCCUCUAUAUUUUCGAAAUGAAAGAACAUCUUAUGCAGUGGGGGAACGCUUAAAACCGUUGUGUCCGUUUUGUGGGAUUAUGCUGCAGAGGUCAAUGCCUGAUUUCUUGUUGUCAACUUCUCCAAUUUAGCAUUUCUUUUUCUUGUGGAAUUACCAUUCUCCCUUUGAAGUGUAAAUUUUUUUUUUGAAAAAGGAAAUUGUUAGUGUGCGAGAUCCUGGGAUGAAUCUUAUUUAACUUGAGGCCUUUUUAUGAAUUUGUUUAAGAUGAUUGUAUUUA